AUGUUUUUCAUUCACCACUCACCAAGUCACCAGUUUCUUUGUCUCUUUCUCGCUCAAAAGGUAGCUACGACGAUGGCUUCAACUUUCCAAGAAAACUGCAUUUCACUAAUCAACGGAGCUCCGAGUAAAGCUGUCUUUUUCCUUUUUGAUCUCCUCGACAACUUUCUCUGCAUCGUUUUCAGAUUCCUCGACCAAAUUAUGGAAGAAAAACUUGAGUCAUGUCACUGUAAUAACCCUCAGGAGACAGCAGACUCCUCCGGAUACGAGUUUCUUUCAGACCAUCAACACUUGUCCGAGACUCUUUACCGGAGGAGAAACAUAUUCCGUCAAGCCGGUUUUCUCCGGUUAGCCAGAAAACUCCCUGAGAUCACCAAGAAAAUCGGUAUCGCUACUUUCUUGAGAAACUUCCUUUUUCCAAAGAAAAUGGAGAAAGUCCCUCAGGUUGCAAACCGGUGGUCUGAUUGUGGUUGCAAGAAUUGUGUUUCUUGGACCAGCAACGAUAAACUUAACGUGAUCGUCAAGCAACCUUCACUAUCUCCAGAUUUAUUGAUGAGCAACAAACCGGUAGAGAACGUUAUAUUCAUACACGGAUUCUUAGCAUCUUCAUCGUAUUGGACCAACACAGUGUUCAAAUAUCUACCCGAGACCACUGAGAAAACUAACUACAGAUUCUUCGCGGUCGAUGUUCUAGGGUUUGGUGACAGUCCAAAACCUAGAGACUGUCGAUAUUCGUUGAAUGAACAUGUUGAAAUGAUAGAGAAAUCGGUUAUUUUACCAAAUAAUUUGACUUCAUUCCACGUUGUAGCACACUCUAUGGGAUGCAUCGUUGCAAUAGCCUUAGCUGCCAAAUUCUCGGGCAGUGUCAAGUCCGUAGCAUUAGUAGCUCCGCCCUACUUUGGUGAUAAAGAAGGAGCAAGUUGUGAUGCUCUUGAUGUGAUCGCGGAGAAGAAACUUUGGCCACCGACGUCGUUUUUCUCAGCCAUGAUGGCUUGGUACGAACACAUUGCACGUGGCGUUUGUUUCGUUGUUUGUAAGCAUCACCGUACAUGGGAGAAGAUCAUCAAAAUUAUAACUUGGAGAAGGUAUAAUAAAUAUGAUAAACUACCAAUGGCGAUAACUGAAUUGACCAAGCACACUCAUCAGUCAUCGUGGCACAGUAUGCACAAUGUGUUAUGUGGAGGAGCGAAGUUCACGGAUAAACACCUUGAAAGUUUGAUAAAUUCUGGUGUUAGAAUCAGUGUGGUGCAAGGGGAUAAAGAUGAUGUGGUUCCUAUUGAUUGUCUUUGGAACAUGAAAGCCAAGUUCCCUGAGGUUGAAGUUGAGGUUAUAACCGGAACUGAUCAUAGUUCGGUGAUAAUGAGUAGAAGAGAGGUCUUUGUUGCAAACCUUGUUAGUUUGUGGGCUUCUUCCGGAAAGAAACUAAACUAG